GCUCCGCCCACUUGUGACGUCAGGGCUGGAUCGGGAUAUCGGGAGAGCCGGAAGAGUCGCGGAAGGAGACGUUGCGGUUUCCACAAACGGUUCGCCUUCAAACCGGACCACAUCUGUCGGGACGGGACUGCGCUCACCAGCCGACCGGAGUGAACCUUUCUCUGGGUGACGUGAAAGUUGGGCUGAUUGAAGAUGUGGAAAGCUGCUGCAGGCCAAAACGUCAAGGUUGCCGUUGACGACGGCGGAGACGACUGGGAGACCGACCCGGACUUUGAGAAUGACGUGUCGGAGCAGGAGCAGCGCUGGGGGGCGAAGACGGUGGCCGGGUCGGGACACCAGGAGCACAUCGACAUCCACCAGCUGAGGGAGACCGUCUCCACGGAGCACACCAGCCUGAAGCAGAAGGAGCUGGAGAACAUGCCCAAGGCCUCCCACGGAUACGGCGGCAGGUUCGGAGUCCAGCAGGACCGCAUGGACAAGUCUGCUGUGGGUCACGACUACCAGAGCAAACUGUCCAAGCAUUGCUCCCAGACCGACACGUCCAAAGGCUUCGGAGGGAAGUACGGCGUCCAGGCCGACCGCGUCGACAAGUCAGCCGUCGGCUUCGAGUACGCUGGGAAGACGGAGAAACACGCGUCGCAGAAAGACUACACCACAGGGUUCGGCGGGCGGUACGGCGUUCAGGCAGAUCGGGUCGACCAGAGCGCGGUCGGCUUCGACUAUCAAGGCAAAACGGAGAAACACGAGUCGCAGAAAGAUUACGCCAAAGGUUUCGGGGGAAAGUUUGGCGUUGAGACGGACAAAGUGGACAAGAGCGCCGUGGGCUUCGAGUACCAGGGCAAAACGGAGCGGCACGAGUCGCAGAAAGACUACGUGAAAGGCUUCGGUGGGAAGUUUGGUGUUCAGACGGACCGGCAGGAUAAAUCGGCGCUGGGAUGGGAUCACCAGGAGAAGCUGCAGCUUCACGAGUCUCAGAAAGACUAUAAGCGUGGGUUUGGAGGGCGGUAUGGGGUUGAGGCGGAGAAGCGGGACCGCUGUGCGCUGGGCUAUGAGCACAAGGAGAACCUGGCCAAGCACGAGUCCCAGAAAGAUUAUUCCAAAGGAUUCGGAGGGAAGUUUGGCGUCCAGGACGACCGUAUGGACAAGAGCGCCGGGACGUUCGAGGACGUGGAGAAGCCGAAGCCGUCCUACCAGAAAACCAAACCUGUGGAAGCUGCGGGCAGCAACACGGGAAGCAUCAAGGCUCGUUUCGAGAACAUCGCCAAGCAGAAGGAGGAGGAGGACCAGCGGCGGGCCGAGGAGGAGCGGGCGCGCCGCCACGCCAAGGAGCAGCAGGAGCAGGAGGAGGCGCGGCGGAAAGCGGAGCGGCCGCCGUCCCCCGCCCACGCUCCCAGUCCCAGCCCCACUCCCAGCCCCACUCCCCCAGUCCAGCCUGCCGCAGAGCUCCAGAACUCUCAGAGCGAAGCUGCGAACGACGAGCAGCUGUACGAGGAGACGCAGGACACCUACAAGCAGCCGGACCUGUACCAGAACCCCGACGAUGCCGCGGCUCCAGCAGAUGAGCAGCAGUAUGAGUACGGAGACGACCUCGGCGUGACGGCUGUGGCUCUCUACGAUUACCAAGCAGCCGGUGAGGACGAGAUUUCCUUCGACCCCGAUGACAUCAUCACCAACAUCGAGAUGAUCGAUGAGGGCUGGUGGCGCGGCGUCUGCAGGGGCGCCUACGGCCUCUUCCCGGCCAACUACGUGGAGGUCCGGCAGUGACUCCGCCCCCUGACUCCACCUGGGACUGAGAGCAGGUUAAAGCCCAGAUGUUUUCAGAGUUUCUAUCUUUUGUCCCUGAAGAGUCAGGCCGAGCCUUGAACUCGUCCUGUAGAGUAUUAUCAUGUUUGGAAUCAUGUCCUGUUCGAUCAUUUUUAAACUUAAUUCUGUUCGUUUCGCUGCUUCGAAUGUUUCGGUCUGUUUUAGUUUUUUCUGUCUUAAUGUUUCCUCGCCACCAGGGGGCGCCUGCUGCCUGCGGAACAAAGCAACGACUUUAAUUCAUCUCUGGGUUUUCUAAUAAAAGUGACCUUUUCAAAUGGAUUAUUUUUUAUCUGUUAGCUUCAGUCACAUCAUUACCUGCUUUUUCAUUUUCUUUUUUUUUGUUUCAAUAAAUAAAGUAUGAACAAUUACUA